AUGUCGACAACCUCACCCAACACGACCGCGACUUUCAUGUCGACAACUCCGUCCAACACGACCGCGACUUUCAUGUCGACAACUCCUUCGAACACGACCGCGACUUUCAUGUCGGCAACUCCUUCCAACACGACCGCGACUUUCAUGUCGACAACUCCUUCCAACACGACCGCGACUUUCAUGUCGACAACUCCUUCCAACACCACAGCAACUUUCAUGUCGACAACCUCGCCCAACACGACCGCUACUUUCAUGUCGACAACUCCGUCCAACACGACCGCGACUUUCAUGUCGACAACUCCAACUCCUUCGAACACGACCGCGACUUUCAUGUCGGCAACUCCUUCCAACACGACCGCGACUUUCAUGUCGACAACUCCGUCCAACACGACCGCGACUUUCAUGUCGACAACUCCUUCCAACACGACCGCGACUUUCAUGUCGACAACCUCGCCCAACACGACCGCUACUUUCAUGUCGACAACUCCUUCCAACACGACCGCGACUUUCAUGUCGACAACUCCGUCCAACACGACAGCAACUUUCAUGUCGACAACCUCGCCCAACACGACCGCUACUUUCAUGUCGACAACUCCUUCCAACACCACAGCAACUUUCAUCAACUUUCAUGUCGACAACUCCGUCUAA